AUGCCUUUGUUAGUGUGGAAAUGCAUGUUGCUGUGUGCGUUGAUGCGUGCGGCGGCAUGCGCCUGCGUGCUGAACAAUCACACCUUAUGGAUUGAGAGGCGCGACUGUGCCCAGUGUGUGGCCAUCAACACCAUCUGCAACGGCUACUGUUACACACAGGACACCGACUUGCGGGUACAUUUCGGGAGACGUUUUGUGAUCCAGCGCAGCUGUGUGCCUCUCUCCCUGGUGUACCGCACCGCCCACGUGCCGGGCUGCCCUCAGGAUGUCAACUCGCAGCUGUAUUAUCCCACUGCCCAUCGGUGCAGCUGCGAGGGCUGCGACGCGCGCACACACCACUGUGUGCGCACCAGCCGUGCCUCCAAUGACCGGUGCACUGUGACCCUCGGCGGCGUGAAGAGCCAGACCCAGCCCUCUGUGGGAACAUGA